AUGGCAAACGAUCAAGAAUCCUUGCGAGAAUAUCUCAACAAAAUCGCCAGGGAACAUAAAUAUUUGAACCCUGAGAUCACAAUAGAAGAAAUAUCAAGCGGCGGAGCCAACUACACAUCUAAACUGUUCACGGCGGUCGUGAGGGAAGCAGGCAAGGAAGAUCUACAUCUGUUUGCUAAAGUGGCCACACUUAGUGAAAGUAUGCGUGAGCUGUUACCAAACAUGUACACUAAUGAACAGUACAUGUACACACAGCUGGCAAAGUGGUACGAAAAAAUGGAAAAGGAAAGUGGAGUGAAAGAAGAAGACAGACUACUAUUCUGCAAGUUCUACGGAUUCGAUCCCAGCCCGAAAAGGGAGAUACUGGUGCUGGAGAACUUGCUGCCACAAGGCUACGGACCUCACAACAGGUUCCAGUCUAUAGAUUGGCCGUAUGCUGCUUCUGCCGUCAGAGACCUUGCUAAAAUGCAUGCACUAUCCUUAGCGUUUGCUAAAAGACACCCUGAAGAGUUCGAAAAAGCUUUGGAAACUUUACAAACAGAUUGGGAUAACGACUCAAUUAAAAUCACAAUGGAUCGGUCUGCAGCUAAAGCUGUGAACGUUGUUGACCCUAAGUAUAAGGAUGCUCUUGCCACGUUCUUGGAUAAGAUGCUGCAGAUUAACUUUUCGAAAAUUUAUGCUCCCGUCAAGUCCACACCCAUAAUCAUACACACUGACUACAGGGGAAACAAUCUGUUGCACAAACGUCGAGAGAUCAAAAUCGCUUCUGACCAAUGCGUCAUAAAACUCAGCUCAGGCUUCAACAGAGAUAUUUAUGAUGAUACGCCUUCUUUCAAAUUUUUACUAUGUGCUCAUGCAACAAUAACCCGAAGUUUGAGAGGUCCCAAAUUGCUGCCCUGA